AUGUUGAUUCAACUAUGUCCAGGUAACAUUGCAAGAAGAGGAAGAGCAACUCAGUCUUCCAUAUUUGAGAUUGCUGUCGCUGGAAGGGCCAUUGAUGGAAAUGGUGCUAGCAACUGGAGACAGGGAUCCUGUACCCACACACGCAAAGAUUUCAAUCCAUGGUGGAGACUGGACCUCCUAAAGUCGUAUAAAGUCAGUACAGUCACCAUCACCAACAGACAAGAUUGUUGUCCAGAAAGGCUUAAUGGAGCUGAGAUCCGCAUUGGAAAUUCUCUCAAUGCCAAUGGCAAUGCUAAUCCCAGAUGCGCUAUGGUCAGAUCUAUCAAAGGUGGUGCCUCCAAAACAUUUCAGUGUUAUGGAAUGGUAGGGCGUUAUGUGAACAUUGUGAUUCCAGGAAGACAAGAAUAUCUGACACUGUGUGAGGUGGAAGUUUACGGUGUACCUUCAACUGGUACGAAUAUUGCCAGGGGUGGAAAAGUGACUCAGUCUACACUGUAUGGGAAAGCUGUGCCUGAAAGGGCCAUUGAUGGAAAUCGUGCUAGCAACUGGGGACAAGGAUCCUGUACCCACACACAGAAGAAUCUCAAACCAUGGUGGAGACUGGACCUCCAGAAGUCGUAUACAAUCCACACUGUCACCAUCACCAAUAGAAAGGAUUGUUGCCAAAAUAGGAUUAAUGGAGCUGAGAUCCGCAUUGGAAAUUCUCUCAGCGACAACGGCAACGCAAAUCCCAGAUGCACUGUGAUCUCAUCUAUCCCAGCUGGUAACACCAAAACAUUUCAGUGUAACGGAAUGGUAGGCCGUUAUGUGAACAUUGUGAUUCCAGGAAGAAAAGAGUAUCUGACACUGUGUGAGGUGGAAGUUUAUGGCGAACCUUCAGCUGGUACGAAUAUUGCCAGAGGUGGAAAAGUGACUCAGUCUACACUGUAUGGGAAAGCUGUGCCUGAAAGGGCCAUUGAUGGAAAUCGUGCUAGCAACUGGGGACAGGCAUCCUGUUCCGCCACAAUGAAUAAUCCCAAACCAUGGUGGAGACUGGACCUCCUGAGGUCGUAUAAAAUCAACACUAUCACAAUCACCAACAGAAGAGAUUGUUGCCCCAAUAGAAUCAAUGGUGCUGAGAUCCGCAUUGGAAAUUCUCUCAGCGACAACGGCAACGCAAAUCCCAGAUGCACUGUGAUCUCAUCUAUCCCAGCUGGUAACACCAAAACAUUUCAGUGUAACGGAAUGGUAGGCCGUUAUGUGAACAUUGUGAUUCCAGGAAGAAAAGAGUAUCUGACACUGUGUGAGGUGGAAGUUUAUGGCGAACCUUCAGCUGGUACGAAUAUUGCCAGGGGUGGAAAAGUGACUCAGUCUACACUGUAUGGGAAAGCUGUGCCUGAAAGGGCCAUUGAUGGAAAUCGUGCUAGCAACUGGGGACAAGGAUCCUGUACCCACACACAGAAGAAUCUCAAACCAUGGUGGAGACUGGACCUCCAGAAGUCGUAUAAAAUCCACACUGUCACCAUCACCAAUAGAAAGGAUUGUUGCCAAAAUAGGAUUAAUGGAGCUGAGAUCCGCAUUGGAAAUUCUCUCAGCGACAACGGCAAUGCAAAUCCCAGAUGCACUGUGAUCUCAUCUAUCCCAGCUGGUAACACCAAAACAUUUCAGUGUAACGGAAUGGUAGGCCGUUAUGUGAACAUUGUGAUUCCAGGAAGAAAAGAGUAUCUGACACUGUGUGAGGUGGAAGUUUAUGGCGAACCUUCAGCUGGUACGAAUAUUGCCAGGGGUGGAAAAGUGACUCAGUCUACACUGUAUGGGAAAGCUGUGCCUGAAAGGGCCAUUGAUGGAAAUCGUGCUAGCAACUGGGGACAAGGAUCCUGUACCCACACACAGAAGAAUCUCAAACCAUGGUGGAGACUGGACCUCCAGAAGUCGUAUAAAAUCCACACUGUCACCAUCACCAAUAGAAAGGAUUGUUGCCAAAAUAGGAUUAAUGGAGCUGAGAUCCGCAUUGGAAAUUCUCUCAGCGACAACGGCAACGCAAAUCCCAGAUGCACUGUGAUCUCAUCUAUCCCAGCUGGUAACACCAAAACAUUUCAGUGUAACGGAAUGGUAGGCCGUUAUGUGAACAUUGUGAUUCCAGGAAGAAAAGAGUAUCUGACACUGUGUGAGGUGGAAGUUUAUGGCGAACCUUCAGCUGGUACGAAUAUUGCCAGAGGUGGAAAAGUGACUCAGUCUACACUGUAUGGGAAAGCUGUGCCUGAAAGGGCCAUUGAUGGAAAUCGUGCUAGCAACUGGGGACAGGCAUCCUGUUCCGCCACAAUGAAUAAUCCCAAACCAUGGUGGAGACUGGACCUCUUGAGGUCGUAUAAAAUCAACACUAUCACAAUCACCAACAGAAGAGAUUGUUGCCCCAAUAGAAUCAAUGGUGCUGAGAUCCGCAUUGGAAAUUCUCUCAGCGACAACGGCAACGCAAAUCCCAGAUGCACUGUGAUCUCAUCUAUCCCAGCUGGUAACACCAAAACAUUUCAGUGUAACGGAAUGGUAGGCCGUUAUGUGAACAUUGUGAUUCCAGGAAGAAAAGAGUAUCUGACACUGUGUGAGGUGGAAGUUUAUGGCGAACCUUCAGCUGGUACGAAUAUUGCCAGGGGUGGAAAAGUGACUCAGUCUACACUGUAUGGGAAAGCUGUGCCUGAAAGGGCCAUUGAUGGAAAUCGUGCUAGCAACUGGGGACAAGGAUCCUGUACCCACACACAGAAGAAUCUCAAACCAUGGUGGAGACUGGACCUCCAGAAGUCGUAUAAAAUCCACACUGUCACCAUCACCAAUAGAAAGGAUUGUUGCCAAAAUAGGAUUAAUGGAGCUGAGAUCCGCAUUGGAAAUUCUCUCAGCGACAACGGCAACGCAAAUCCCAGAUGCACUGUGAUCUCAUCUAUCCCAGCUGGUAACACCAAAACAUUUCAGUGUAACGGAAUGGUAGGCCGUUAUGUGAACAUUGUGAUUCCAGGAAGAAAAGAGUAUCUGACACUGUGUGAGGUGGAAGUUUAUGGCGAACCUUCAGCUGGUACGAAUAUUGCCAGAGGUGGAAAAGUGACUCAGUCUACACUGUAUGGGAAAGCUGUGCCUGAAAGGGCCAUUGAUGGAAAUCGUGCUAGCAACUGGGGACAGGCAUCCUGUUCCGCCACAAUGAAUAAUCCCAAACCAUGGUGGAGACUGGACCUCCUGAAGUCGUAUAAAAUCAACACUAUCACAAUCACCAACAGAAGAGAUUGUUGCCCCAAUAGAAUCAAUGGUGCUGAGAUCCGCAUUGGAAAUUCUCUCAGCGACAACGGCAACGCAAAUCCCAGAUGCACUGUGAUCUCAUCUAUCCCAGCUGGUAACACCAAAACAUUUCAGUGUAACGGAAUGGUAGGCCGUUAUGUGAACAUUGUGAUUCCAGGAAGAAAAGAGUAUCUGACACUGUGUGAGGUGGAAGUUUAUGGCGAACCUUCAGCUGGUACGAAUAUUGCCAGGGGUGGAAAAGUGACUCAGUCUACACUGUAUGGGAAAGCUGUGCCUGAAAGGGCCAUUGAUGGAAAUCGUGCUAGCAACUGGGGACAAGGAUCCUGUACCCACACACAGAAGAAUCUCAAACCAUGGUGGAGACUGGACCUCCAGAAGUCGUAUAAAAUCCACACUGUCACCAUCACCAAUAGAAAGGAUUGUUGCCAAAAUAGGAUUAAUGGAGCUGAGAUCCGCAUUGGAAAUUCUCUCAGCGACAACGGCAACGCAAAUCCCAGAUGCACUGUGAUCUCAUCUAUCCCAGCUGGUAACACCAAAACAUUUCAGUGUAACGGAAUGGUAGGCCGUUAUGUGAACAUUGUGAUUCCAGGAAGAAAAGAGUAUCUGACACUGUGUGAGGUGGAAGUUUAUGGCGAACCUUCAGCUGGUACGAAUAUUGCCAGAGGUGGAAAAGUGACUCAGUCUACACUGUAUGGGAAAGCUGUGCCUGAAAGGGCCAUUGAUGGAAAUCGUGCUAGCAACUGGGGACAGGCAUCCUGUUCCGCCACAAUGAAUAAUCCCAAACCAUGGUGGAGACUGGACCUCCUGAAGUCGUAUAAAAUCAACACUAUCACAAUCACCAACAGAAGAGAUUGUUGCCCCAAUAGAAUCAAUGGUGCUGAGAUCCGCAUUGGAAAUUCUCUCAGCGACAACGGCAACGCAAAUCCCAGAUGCACUGUGAUCUCAUCUAUCCCAGCUGGUAACACCAAAACAUUUCAGUGUAACGGAAUGGUAGGCCGUUAUGUGAACAUUGUGAUUCCAGGAAGAAAAGAGUAUCUGACACUGUGUGAGGUGGAAGUUUAUGGCGAACCUUCAGCUGGUACGAAUAUUGCCAGGGGUGGAAAAGUGACUCAGUCUACACUGUAUGGGAAAGCUGUGCCUGAAAGGGCCAUUGAUGGAAAUCGUGCUAGCAACUGGGGACAAGGAUCCUGUACCCACACACAGAAGAAUCUCAAACCAUGGUGGAGACUGGACCUCCAGAAGUCGUAUAAAAUCCACACUGUCACCAUCACCAAUAGAAAGGAUUGUUGCCAAAAUAGGAUUAAUGGAGCUGAGAUCCGCAUUGGAAAUUCUCUCAGCGACAACGGCAACGCAAAUCCCAGAUGCACUGUGAUCUCAUCUAUCCCAGCUGGUAACACCAAAACAUUUCAGUGUAACGGAAUGGUAGGCCGUUAUGUGAACAUUGUGAUUCCAGGAAGAAAAGAGUAUCUGACACUGUGUGAGGUGGAAGUUUAUGGCGAACCUUCAGCUGGUACGAAUAUUGCCAGAGGUGGAAAAGUGACUCAGUCUACACUGUAUGGGAAAGCUGUGCCUGAAAGGGCCAUUGAUGGAAAUCGUGCUAGCAACUGGGGACAGGCAUCCUGUUCCGCCACAAUGAAUAAUCCCAAGCCAUGGUGGAGACUGGACCUCCUGAGGUCGUAUAAAAUCAACACUAUCACAAUCACCAACAGAAGAGAUUGUUGCCCCAAUAGAAUCAAUGGUGCUGAGAUCCGCAUUGGAAAUUCUCUCAGCGACAACGGCAACGCAAAUCCCAGAUGCACUGUGAUCUCAUCUAUCCCAGCUGGUAACACCAAAACAUUUCAGUGUAACGGAAUGGUAGGCCGUUAUGUGAACAUUGUGAUUCCAGGAAGAAAAGAGUAUCUGACACUGUGUGAGGUGGAAGUUUAUGGCGAACCUUCAGCUGGUACGAAUAUUGCCAGGGGUGGAAAAGUGACUCAGUCUACACUGUAUGGGAAAGCUGUGCCUGAAAGGGCCAUUGAUGGAAAUCGUGCUAGCAACUGGGGACAAGGAUCCUGUACCCACACACAGAAGAAUCUCAAACCAUGGUGGAGACUGGACCUCCAGAAGUCGUAUAAAAUCCACACUGUCACCAUCACCAAUAGAAAGGAUUGUUGCCAAAAUAGGAUUAAUGGAGCUGAGAUCCGCAUUGGAAAUUCUCUCAGCGACAACGGCAACGCAAAUCCCAGAUGCACUGUGAUCUCAUCUAUCCCAGCUGGUAACACCAAAACAUUUCAGUGUAACGGAAUGGUAGGCCGUUAUGUGAACAUUGUGAUUCCAGGAAGAAAAGAGUAUCUGACACUGUGUGAGGUGGAAGUUUAUGGCGAACCUUCAGCUGGUACGAAUAUUGCCAGAGGUGGAAAAGUGACUCAGUCUACACUGUAUGGGAAAGCUGUGCCUGAAAGGGCCAUUGAUGGAAAUCGUGCUAGCAACUGGGGACAGGCAUCCUGUUCCGCCACAAUGAAUAAUCCCAAGCCAUGGUGGAGACUGGACCUCCUGAGGUCGUAUAAAAUCAACACUAUCACAAUCACCAACAGAAGAGAUUGUUGCCCCAAUAGAAUCAAUGGUGCUGAGAUCCGCAUUGGAAAUUCUCUCAGCGACAACGGCAACGCAAAUCCCAGAUGCACUGUGAUCUCAUCUAUCCCAGCUGGUAACACCAAAACAUUUCAGUGUAACGGAAUGGUAGGCCGUUAUGUGAACAUUGUGAUUCCAGGAAGAAAAGAGUAUCUGACACUGUGUGAGGUGGAAGUUUAUGGCGAACCUUCAGCUGGUACGAAUAUUGCCAGGGGUGGAAAAGUGACUCAGUCUACACUGUAUGGGAAAGCUGUGCCUGAAAGGGCCAUUGAUGGAAAUCGUGCUAGCAACUGGGGACAAGGAUCCUGUACCCACACACAGAAGAAUCUCAAACCAUGGUGGAGACUGGACCUCCAGAAGUCGUAUAAAAUCCACACUGUCACCAUCACCAAUAGAAAGGAUUGUUGCCAAAAUAGGAUUAAUGGAGCUGAGAUCCGCAUUGGAAAUUCUCUCAGCGACAACGGCAACGCAAAUCCCAGAUGCACUGUGAUCUCAUCUAUCCCAGCUGGUAACACCAAAACAUUUCAGUGUAACGGAAUGGUAGGCCGUUAUGUGAACAUUGUGAUUCCAGGAAGAAAAGAGUAUCUGACACUGUGUGAGGUGGAAGUUUAUGGCGAACCUUCAGCUGGUACGAAUAUUGCCAGGGGUGGAAAAGUGACUCAGUCUACACUGUAUGGGAAAGCUGUGCCUGAAAGGGCCAUUGAUGGAAAUCGUGCUAGCAACUGGGGACAAGGAUCCUGUACCCACACACAGAAGAAUCUCAAACCAUGGUGGAGACUGGACCUCCAGAAGUCGUAUAAAAUCCACACUGUCACCAUCACCAAUAGAAAGGAUUGUUGCCAAAAUAGGAUUAAUGGAGCUGAGAUCCGCAUUGGAAAUUCUCUCAGCGACAACGGCAACGCAAAUCCCAGAUGCACUGUGAUCUCAUCUAUCCCAGCUGGUAACACCAAAACAUUUCAGUGUAACGGAAUGGUAGGCCGUUAUGUGAACAUUGUGAUUCCAGGAAGAAAAGAGUAUCUGACACUGUGUGAGGUGGAAGUUUAUGGCGAACCUUCAGCUGGUACGAAUAUUGCCAGGGGUGGAAAAGUGACUCAGUCUACACUGUAUGGGAAAGCUGUGCCUGAAAGGGCCAUUGAUGGAAAUCGUGCUAGCAACUGGGGACAAGGAUCCUGUACCCACACACAGAAGAAUCUCAAACCAUGGUGGAGACUGGACCUCCAGAAGUCGUAUAAAAUCCACACUGUCACCAUCACCAAUAGAAAGGAUUGUUGCCAAAAUAGGAUUAAUGGAGCUGAGAUCCGCAUUGGAAAUUCUCUCAGCGACAACGGCAACGCAAAUCCCAGAUGCACUGUGAUCUCAUCUAUCCCAGCUGGUAACACCAAAACAUUUCAGUGUAACGGAAUGGUAGGCCGUUAUGUGAACAUUGUGAUUCCAGGAAGAAAAGAGUAUCUGACACUGUGUGAGGUGGAAGUUUAUGGCGAACCUUCAGCUGGUACGAAUAUUGCCAGGGGUGGAAAAGUGACUCAGUCUACACUGUAUGGGAAAGCUGUGCCUGAAAGGGCCAUUGAUGGAAAUCGUGCUAGCAACUGGGGACAAGGAUCCUGUACCCACACACAGAAGAAUCUCAAACCAUGGUGGAGACUGGACCUCCAGAAGUCGUAUAAAAUCCACACUGUCACCAUCACCAAUAGAAAGGAUUGUUGCCAAAAUAGGAUUAAUGGAGCUGAGAUCCGCAUUGGAAAUUCUCUCAGCGACAACGGCAACGCAAAUCCCAGAUGCACUGUGAUCUCAUCUAUCCCAGCUGGUAACACCAAAACAUUUCAGUGUAACGGAAUGGUAGGCCGUUAUGUGAACAUUGUGAUUCCAGGAAGAAAAGAGUAUCUGACACUGUGUGAGGUGGAAGUUUAUGGCGAACCUUCAGCUGGUACGAAUAUUGCCAGGGGUGGAAAAGUGACUCAGUCUACACUGUAUGGGAAAGCUGUGCCUGAAAGGGCCAUUGAUGGAAAUCGUGCUAGCAACUGGGGACAAGGAUCCUGUACCCACACACAGAAGAAUCUCAAACCAUGGUGGAGACUGGACCUCCAGAAGUCGUAUAAAAUCCACACUGUCACCAUCACCAAUAGAAAGGAUUGUUGCCAAAAUAGGAUUAAUGGAGCUGAGAUCCGCAUUGGAAAUUCUCUCAGCGACAACGGCAACGCAAAUCCCAGAUGCACUGUGAUCUCAUCUAUCCCAGCUGGUAACACCAAAACAUUUCAGUGUAACGGAAUGGUAGGCCGUUAUGUGAACAUUGUGAUUCCAGGAAGAAAAGAGUAUCUGACACUGUGUGAGGUGGAAGUUUAUGGCGAACCUUCAGCUGGUACGAAUAUUGCCAGAGGUGGAAAAGUGACUCAGUCUACACUGUAUGGGAAAGCUGUGCCUGAAAGGGCCAUUGAUGGAAAUCGUGCUAGCAACUGGGGACAAGGAUCCUGUACCCACACACAGAAGAAUCUCAAACCAUGGUGGAGACUGGACCUCCAGAAGUUGUAUAAAAUCAACACUGUCACCAUCACCAAUAGAAAGGAUUGUUGCCAAAAUAGGAUUAAUGGAGCUGAGAUCCGCAUUGGAAAUUCUCUCAGUGACAACGGCAACGCAAAUCCCAGAUGCACUGUGAUCUCAUCUAUCCCAGCUGGUACCUCCAAAACAUUUCAGUGUAAUGGAAUGGUAGGCCGUUACGUUAACAUUGUGAUUCCAGGAAGAAAAGAAUAUCUGACACUGUGUGAGGUGGAAGUUUAUGGGGAAGAGUCAGAGUAUGUCCCUCUGCGUAGUCCUCAGAAGUCCAAUACCAUUAUGCCAGCCCCAUUGGUUGGCACCUAUGACAACUGCAUUGAGAGGAGGUUUUGCAAGAGUAACCUUGUGUGCUCCAGCGCCUGGCCAGAAGCCAUGCGUAUGUCCUGCCUCCUGAGAGGUGCAAUAGCUCAAGCCAGUUCCUGGGUAAUCAUGAUGGACCUGGCUCUCCCUGCUGACUGGACAGCUCACUUUGUGAGGUGGAGCCAGUGGUCAUUGAUGAAACAGAUCUCUUGCCACAACUCAGUCAUUGUUAAGUGGUAA